AUGGUGUUCCAGCUCAAGUACCUGGGCGUCACACUGGUGGAGCAGCCCAAAGGAGAGGAGCUCUCUGCAGCCGCCGUCAAGAGGAUUGUUGCCACGGUCAGCAACACACACACACACACACAUACACACUUGGCCUUCUAUACUCCCACUCAUCCUCUCCUAAGGAGUUCUGCACCCUAUCCCCCCAAAAUGCAAACUCCAUUCUAUAUAGAUUCCCUGACCUUUUAAAGGCCCUUUUGACAAUUUUCCCAAACAUACAGUGGAUUGUGAUCUAUUCCUUAUAGUUCAAUACCCGCACCACCACAGUAUAAAACAGUCCCAUUUAUUUUCCCAUUAAGUUGUUGCCUUCAUGAAAAGUCAACCUGCUGCAACACUUAGUGCCCCAGGCUUACUGUGCCAUUUCAACCAGAGUAGUAGUGAAGCAUCUGUGUGUUGCUUUGGCCAGGUUUAUUAUACAGUAACAGAAAGGCUUAUUGUUAAUAAAUCUGUCAGCUCCACACUAAUUAAAUUAGGGGGAGCUGAUCAGGCCCAGGGCACACAGGACAGUGUCUCAGAGGUGACUGACUCUGCUCUCUCUGUCGCCACCCUGACAAGACUAACAAGGUCCUGACAGUUAAUACACUAGGUAGUGUUGUUUUGGACCCAAUACUUCUACUAUUGACUGGUUGAUAGCAGGAUUUUAGAGAGAAUGGCUUAGAUAACAGCCUUGAGUAUUUCUACUGCUCCUCUUCCUUUUCCUAGCCGGGUGUAAACAGUACCGAACUUUGUUGUUGCUUGCUCUGCCCAAGGCUCUCUGUGGACAUUGCUAAGCUCCUGAGUGGUAUUUGUGUGUUAUAGAACUCUAACAAGCUGCUUGUCUUGACUGUGUGUGUUAGGGAUAUCAUUAGCAGCUGAGGGGUCUGGAUGCAUCCCUUCAGACUGUAGUAUGAAGUUGUCUAAUAGAUCUGUUUCUCCAGUAUAAUGAAUCAUUGUGUCUAGAAAGCUGUUAUCGGCCCCCAGGGUUUUCUAAAUCAUGUGUUUUGUUUCUCAGAGGGAAGUGUGUUUAGGCUAGGGGCGUGUAGGUUUGAUUAAUGCCUGCUGGUGUCAAGGCUGUGAUUUGGACUAGUUCUGUGUCAGCACUGGAGGAGAUAGCAGAAGUGUGAACGGACAGUCUAGAUGUGUACUUUUAGCACAGACUUGCACACUGGCAAGUGUCGCACAUGUUUCUGAUUGCGUUAUUAUUGUUCUCUUUCUGUCUGUCUGUCUCUGUCGGUCUGUCUGUCGGUCUGUCUUUCUAGGCCAAAGCCAGUGGCAAGAAACUCCAGAAAGUGACAUUAAAAGUGUCCCCUCGAGGAAUCAUCCUCUACGACUAUGCCUCUAACCAGCUGAUCGAGAACAUCUCCAUAUACAGGUUAGUCCUCCUGUCUCCCUCUCUUUGUUUCUCUCUCUCUCUCUGCCUUUCACUGACAGAGAAGAAGAUACUCAUGCUCUCGUUGUGAGUCGCUGAAAUGUGAAAUUCUAUCAGGCCAAGUUCAUAA